CGUGAACAAUAUGAACUACCGAACAGCAACAGGAAGACUGUAGACCAGAUGAAACCUGAGCUGGCAGGGGGCGCGCCGGCGGUGCGGCCGCCGGGCAGCGCGGGCCGCACCUUCCUCUCGGACCGCUCGCUCGAGCUGUGGCGGGACCCGGUGGGCUUCAUCGCGCGCGGCCUGCAGGAGCACGGCGGCCGGGCCUUCACCACGCGCCUGCUGCUGCGACCCACCGUUGUCCUGGGCGACAACACGGCCGUCCGACACCUGCUGGCCGACCCCGACACGUUCCAGUGUGGUCUAAGAGACCUUUUCCUGCCGCUGUUUGGUGAGAAUCUCGUCUUUAUGGACGGGCAGGAGGCGGAAAGCACACGCGCAAGACUCCAUGGACUGUUCAAUGCGGAAACGGCAUCAAACUACAAGGCGAUCAGCGGCCGUGUGAUCCAGGGCUGGGCGGAGGAGCUGGCUACCGACGCGCCGCUCAACCUGUACGCCGCCUUCAAACGGCUGGCCAUGGAUCUGAACCUGGCCGUGUUCCUGGGCCUGGAGCGGGCCGAGCGGCCCGAGCAGGUCACGGCCGUCACCGAGGUGGCCACCACACACUGGCACGGUAACGGCUACACCGUCUGA